CUCUCUCUUCUCUCUCUCUUCUCUCUCUCUCUCUCCAUUAAAACCCCCAAAACCACUUUCAUCCUCAUUUCUACAGAAGCGGAAAGAAAAUUGCAGAGAUGGGUCUUCUUCCUCUUCUCCUUCUUCUCUCCUUCCUUUCUCUCUCCUCUGCAGAAAUCGCUCGAUCCAUCGGUAUCAACUACGGCCAGCUAGGCAACAACCUCCCCACCCCAUCCCACUCCAUCUCCCUCGUCCAAUCCCUCAACGCCCACCGCGUCAAGAUCUACGAUGCCAACCCUUCAAUCCUCACCGCCCUUUCCAAAACCCAACUCCAAGUCUCCAUCAUGGUCCCCAACCAAGCCAUCUCCAACAUCUCCACUAACCAGUCCGCCGCCGACGAAUGGGUCUGCAACAACCUCCUCCCUUUCUACCCCAAAACCCUAAUCCGAUACCUCCUUGUCGGCAACGAAAUCCUCUCCGAUACCUCCAACAAGCAGGUCUGGUACGAUCUCCUCCCCGCCAUGCGUAAAAUCAAAUGGUCCUUGAAAUCAUACAACAUUAGCAACGUGAAAGUCGGCACGCCUCUGGCCAUGGACGCGUUACAGACCACUUUCCCACCCUCAAACGGAACGUUUCGGCCCGAUAUAUCCGACACGGUGAUGAAGCCGAUGUUACAGUUCCUGUACCGGACGAAAUCGUUUUAUUUCGUGGAUGUCUACACCUAUUUCGCGUGGGCCGCGAGUCCGAAGACCAUCAGCCUCGAUUACGCGCUCCUGAAGCCCACGAAUAUAACGUACGCCGACCCGGUCAGCGGCUUAACCUACACCAACCUCCUGGACCAGCUUCUCGACGCUGUGUACGCCGCGAUGACGCGGGUUGGGUUCCCGGGCGUACGGAUUGCGAUCGCGGAGACCGGGUGGCCGAAUGCGGGUGAUUUUGACGAGAUUGGAGCGAAUAUUUACAAUGCUGCCAUUUAUAAUAGGAACCUUGCAAGGAAGAUGGCUGUGAAGCCGGCGCUGGGGACACCGGCUCGACCGGGAAGGGUAAUUCCGACAUUUAUCUUCUCUCUGUUUAAUGAGAAUCAGAAGACUGGGCCGGGUACGGAACGGCACUGGGGCUUGUUUUAUCCGAAUGGAACGGGGAUUUAUGAGGUGGAUCUGACCGGGAAGCUACCGGAUUCCGCCUACAAGUCGUUGCCUGCUCCGACAAAUAACGAGCCGUACAAGGGGAAGAUAUGGUGCGUGGUGGUGGAGGGGAAGGUGAAUGCGACAGAUUUGGGUGGGGCACUAACUUACGCGUGUGGGCAGGGGAAUGGUACAUGCAAUGCGAUCCAGCCCGGUAAGGCGUGUUACCACCCUAAUACAUUGGUCUCGCACGCGAGCUACGCUUUCAACUUGUACUGGCAGCAGUUUCGGAGCGUGGGCGGGACUUGCUAUUUCAAUGGUCUCGCAGUUCAGACAAUCAACGACCCAAGUUAUGGAUCUUGCAAGUACCCCAGCCUAACCAACUGAAGAUGAUUAAUUUAUGGAGGAAUCACACGGGUCGUGUUUUUUUUUUUUUUUUUUUAAUGCAUUUUGGGGGGAAUGAUUAGUGAUCUAGUUUUUUAUGGAGAGAUUUGCAUCUUUUCCUAGAUUUCUCCAUGGCCCAUUUUUCUUGUGUUCCUGAUUCAAUUGACUAUCAAAAAAAAAAAAAAACAAAGUCUCCCAUCAUUUAGAGAUUUUGGGUAGUUUGAUCAUUAUCAUAUAUACGGGCAAGGCAGGGGAAGGAAACAGGAAAUGGAAUAUCUCAAUGAGUGCCAUGUUGUUAUUUAUUUAGGGAAUUGAAUGUACAACCACCAUGUUUGGCAGUUUCACAGCUGCAAUUCUAAUGUUUUGUAAUGGA